UUUCCCGGCCGCCACACACCGCCUUCCUCUCGCCUAGGUGCUGCUGGAGCGUUCGCCCUUAGUGCGGCUUCGGGACCCCGUUGGAACGCACGGCCUGCCCCUGCCCUGCCCCGCCCGGAUCAUGCGGGGGGCCCCGGAGGAGAGGGCGAGUGACGGGCCUGCAGCGAUCGCGUUCAGGGGGCGACCCCCUCUCUGAGGCGUCCCCACCUGCUGCCAUGUGCCGCCUCCUCGUAUACCCAGCCUAUCGCCAAACUUUCCAGGUGCCAGCUUGGCUCUGAAUCACGUUUCUGAGUGGAGUGUCCCAGGAACAGAUGAACCAGCCUGGCUGUGGAAAAUCUGCUUCUCUCCGGAUUCGCAGAGGAGUACUUUGCCUGGAAUCGGAGCCCUAACUGCCCCUCCCAAACCCUAUCCUGUGAAGAGCUAAGCGAGGAGGGAGGCAGCGCUUUCCCAAAACAGUUUAUCUUGGGGUGGAUUUCUUGAAGAUUAAAAGAACCAACAGGUUGCCAGCCCCGACACCACACACAAGUCGGCGGACAAAGUCCCGGUCCCGAUUCCCCCUGCCUGCGUUGGCCCCAUUCGGGCUGUGCGAAGUGAGGGGAGGGAGGGGGCUAUGGCUCGGCCUGACCCUUCUGCGCCACCCUCGCUACUGCUGCUGCUCCUGGCGCAGCUGGCAGGCCGAGCGGUGGCCGCCUCUAAGGCCCCGGUGUGCCAGGAAAUCACGGUACCCAUGUGCCGCGGCAUAGGCUACAACCUGACGCACAUGCCCAACCAGUUCAACCACGACACGCAGGACGAGGCGGGCCUGGAGGUGCACCAAUUCUGGCCGCUGGUGGAGAUCCACUGUUCUCCGGACCUUCUCUUCUUCCUGUGUUCCAUGUACACACCCAUCUGCCUGCCCGACUAUCACAAGCCCCUGCCACCCUGCCGUUCGGUGUGCGAGCGCGCCAAAGCCGGCUGCUCGCCGCUCAUGCGCCAGUACGGCUUCGCCUGGCCGGAGCGCAUGAGCUGCGACCGCCUCCCGGUGCUGGGGCGCGACGCCGAGGUCCUGUGCAUGGAUUACAAUCACAGCGAGGCCACCACGGUGCCCCCUAGGCUCUUCCCGGUCAAGCCCACGCUUCCAGGCCCGCCAGGGGCACCAUCCUCCGGAGGCGAAUGUGCCGCUGGGGGCCCUUCGGUGUGCAAGUGCCGAGAGCCCUUUGUGCCCAUCCUGAAGGAGUCGCACCCGCUCUACAACAAGGUUCGGACGGGCCAAGUACCCAACUGCGCGGUGCCCUGCUACCAGCCCUCCUUUAGCCCUGACGAGCGCACGUUCGCCACCUUCUGGAUCGGCCUGUGGUCUGUGCUGUGCUUUAUUUCCACCUCCACAACUGUGGCCACCUUCUUGAUAGACAUGGAACGCUUCCGCUACCCUGAGCGCCCCAUCAUCUUCCUGUCAGCUUGUUACUUGUGUGUGUCUUUGGGCUUCCUGGUGCGCCUGGUUGUGGGCCAUGCCAGUGUCGCCUGCAGCCGUGAGCACAGCCACAUUCACUACGAGACGACAGGUCCUGCACUCUGCACUGUCGUCUUCCUGCUGGUCUACUUCUUUGGCAUGGCCAGCUCCAUCUGGUGGGUCAUCCUGUCACUCACCUGGUUCUUGGCAGCUGGCAUGAAGUGGGGCAAUGAGGCCAUCGCGGGCUAUGCGCAGUAUUUCCACCUGGCCGCGUGGCUCAUCCCCAGCAUCAAGUCCAUCACCGCACUGGCACUGAGCUCUGUGGAUGGGGAUCCAGUGGCUGGCAUCUGCUACGUGGGCAACCAGAACCUGAACUCACUGCGUGGCUUUGUGCUGGGCCCUCUGGUGCUCUACUUGCUGGUGGGCACGCUCUUCCUCCUGGCAGGCUUCGUGUCGCUCUUCCGCAUCCGUAGCGUUAUCAAACAAGGUGGCACCAAGACAGACAAGCUGGAGAAGCUCAUGAUCAGAAUUGGCAUUUUCACACUGCUCUACACAGUGCCCGCCAGCAUUGUGGUGGCCUGCUACCUGUAUGAGCAGCACUAUCGCGAGAGCUGGGAGGCUGCACUCACCUGCGCGUGCCCAGGACCGGACACCGGCCAGCCACGCGCCAAGCCUGAGUACUGGGUACUCAUGCUCAAGUACUUCAUGUGCCUCGUCGUGGGCAUCACCUCCGGCGUCUGGAUUUGGUCCAGCAAGACUGUAGAGUCGUGGCGGCGAUUCACCAGUCGCUGCUGCUGCCGCCGCCCGCGACGGGGCCACAAAAGCGGCGGUGCCACAGCCGCCCGGGACUACGCCGAGGCGAGCUCGGCGCUCACGGGCAGGACCGGGCCCCCGGGCCCCGCCGCAGCCGCCUACCACAAGCAGGUGUCCCUGUCCCAUGUGUAGGAGGCCGCAGCCUGGAGUGAGGGAGAGGGGCGUUUUGUUUGGAAGCUUUGCCAAGGUCACUUCCGUUUACCUUCCUGGUGCUGAUGCCCCCUCCUGGGGCGAGUUGGAGAGAGGGGGAAAAGGGCCCUUUCAAGGGAAUAGCUGUCCCAGGACUUCUCAGAGGGGCUCAGCUCACAUGUAUUCUGUUUCGUGUUUCUUACUGCCUUCUUUAAGGGAACCCUGUUUUUAAUUUAAUAUGUAUUUUUCUUAAUUUUUAACUUUGUUGCAUUUUGGCAACAAAAUUUACCUUUGCUUUGGGGCCUUUACAAUCAUAACGUUGGCAUUAUAAUGAAGUUCCACUUGGUUCAGUUUUCGUUGUGUGAACUGAAUUGGAAAAAUAUAUUUACUAUAUUUGUGUCUUUAAAAAAAUGUGAACAGUGAAAGUUUGGGUAACUAUGACUGAGAAGUUGACAGGUGUGCUUUUUCAGCGUGUUUCUCCUUCCACUGCUUAAAGUGACCAGGAUGUUUUAAGAUGAGCUGCUUGUCCCCGUUUAUGAAACUCCAGGUCAUACCAAGGACGGCAUAAUGUGGUUAGGGCCUCCCCAAAGUGACAAGGUUAGGGAGUUUAGCGAUUCUGUGUUCAUUCUAGCUUUGUUUAGUUAACUUUGGUUUCUUUUCGGCAGUACUUGUAAUCAUUCUCAUUAUUAACAGCGCCAGCUCUUUGACUAGAGGUAGCAUUAUAGUACCUGGGAUUAAUAGUGGGAGAAGUGAAGACCUAAGGGACAGAAAUCGGUUGAGCUGGAAUUCUAGACUGAUAAAAUGGCAGCUCUGUGCCAGAGGAGUGGGUGGUUCUUAAUAAGCUUCAGUGAUCCCAAUAUUUUUACAAAACAACUUGUGUCAUAAUUUUGGUAAAAGUAAACCCACUCUUUUCUUCUGGAAUUACUCAGUGAUAGUUGCUAAAGGGGGCUGCUUUGUAGAUUUAAGGACUAAAAUGGAUAUACAUCCAGUAAUUAAGUAAAUUUCCAACAUUUACUUGCUCCACCCCCAUCCCACCUCCUUUAUCAUGUUAAACAGUCUUUUUGCUUUUCUUAUUCCUCCUCUCCUGGAGAGCUGUGAUUAGAAACCACACCCACCCUCCAAAGAGGUGCUUGAACUGGGGGAGGGAAGCUGGCUACCUGUGAACAAACAUUGGCAGCAAUGAGAGAAAAUAAGUGUCCCUGGACUUUGGACUAGUGUAUAGCCAGAUAUUCCAAAAGCAGCAAAACUUUGCUCUCUGCAGACUCUUAAAACAAAUGAGGCCCAUAACAAACUUGCAUUGGUUUUUAAAACACAGAUUGGUGUACUACUAUAGCAGGAAGAAAGUUGUUUUCCCCCUCCCACACCUCAGUACAUUUCUUUCCUCCCUUUUCUGAGAAAACCUAUAUAUUGAUGAGCACAUACACAUACACACACUUUAUUGUGAAUGGAUUCUGUGCUUUCCUAACCUAAUUAACCAUUCAUAUAUGAAAGCCUAUAUGAUGAAUACACACACACACUCACUGACUCACAUUUCUUUGCUAUUAGAAAAUUCUGUUUGCUUUCCUAAUCUGUUUAAUCAUUCAUUCAUGAAGAGUGUGAGGCCAUGACUGGGGAAGAGGGUGACGGUGCAUUGGCCAGCAAAAUACCAAUGACCAGGGUUGAAUGGGGACUAAAUUUAGGAAGCUAAAAUGGCAAAAGCAAUUAAAAUUUGAGAAUGCCUCCCUAGGGAAACAAGUCUAGGGAAUUUGUGCUUCAUUUAUACCAAAGUUAGAAAAGUAAGAUAGAAGCCCAGUUCAAUUUUUUACUUCAUGUAUAUUAAGUAAACAAGUGAAUAGUUCCCACGGAGAAUUUAAACACUGCCGGGGGUGUGGGAAGCCUGGUAUUAUAGAUUUAAGGACUCUCAAAAGCUGUUCAGUUAUAAAAAUGCACUGCUCUUACACCAUACUCAUUCUCUGAAUCAAUUAAAAUUUCAGUGGGUUUGACAAAACCUAGUACACACAGCCUAGAGAAUUUUUUGCACAUCUUAUCCUCUACUUAUUCAGAAGAGUCUCUUAGAACCUUGAAGGCCAGUUCCUCUAUUUUUCAAAUGAGGAUCUUUUAUGAUUACCUUCACCUCUUCCCUCAUUUAGUGUAUCUUCCCAGAAAGUGCAUAGAUGGGUUCUGCUGCCUUCAGUCACUGUGCCUAAUUUGGAUGGUCCCUUCCAUCUUUUUUUUUUUGGAGGAAUCUAGAAAUGGUGCACAAUGUAUCUAAAACUUGUGGGAUGAGUAGAUGAAAAUAAUUUAAUUCUUCAUUGUAGAAAAUUAUAUUUUCACUUUGGCAACAUGCCACACCUAAAAACAACCAGUUUACUUUAAAACACACACACAAAGGAUACCAGGCCAAGGAGAGGCAACACAGGUGAUGUUUUUUGGGGUCUACUUUCAGAGCUACCUUUUUGUUUUCGGUCUCUUUUCACCCUUGCUCUCCUUUCCCUCCAGGAUAAAGCCCACCUGCUUUCCUGAAGUCUCUCUAAUAUCCACCACCCCACCCCUUACCCAGGGAGAGAAGUGAAGUGAGAGCUAACUUUGGUCAUCCCACACACUGUUCCUCCCAUUUGCAAUUUUAUUAUGCAAACAAAUUACACUCAUGAAAACAAUGAUGAAACUGAAAGGUAGUGGGGUGGUUUAGCAACUUAUUCACAGCCAGCUUUGUGAAGUUGGAGGUGAUUUGGGGCUCCACUUAGUCUCACAUGUGCAGCUUUGGGGCUGUUCCUUUCACAGUUCAAUUUUAAGCAGUCUUAUUUCAUAGAUUAGGGGGUGAAGAUUUAGAAGGUUGUCUAAAGGAAUCAAAGUGAUCGACCUCUCAGUGAAUCAGUUACCAUGACCUUAGGAAGUGCUUUUUAUUUAUAUUAUUUCCCUCCUCACAUUCUGAAGUUGUCUAAAUUGGCUGAAAAUAAUUUUUCUUGGUGCCUUAUUGGUUUAUCCUUGCAAACCUUUGUCAUUUUCACCUGACCACUUUUAAUGAUGGGCCUGUGUGUGUGUGUGUUGUGUGUAAUUGUGCGCAUGUACAAGCUUAAAUAAUGUGCCGACAGCACUGUUACCAAACUGGUAUUCAUUAGGCCGUUUCCUCCUGGGCCAGGGCUGCACUAAUCCUGACACCGGCUGCCAGGAGAAAACCUCAUGGAUCCCACACCGAACCUUAAUAACAGCAUCCGUGACCUGCACUGUCAAGUACAGAAUGGGACCCCCAGAGCUAGGAAAUGUAGUUGUAUAUUUUAAUGAACUGCUACCCCUGCUAAAGAGGCUUCUUUCACUUUUGUGCUCUACAGAAAAACCAAGGGGGGUAGAAGGGACAAAGCUUUGAAUGACGGCUUUCUAACACCGAAUGUGGCAAACAGGACAGAGCACAUCACAAAUCUAGGCAGGUGUGAGGUAGAGUGGCUGAGAUUUGCCUGCUCCCUCUGCAUGUCCUUUCUUGCCUCCUAAGUCCAAUCAAGUGAUCUUGGGAAAGAAAUAAGCCUGAGUUAGGGAGGGUGGUUCUGAAAGGAAAAGCUACCAAGACAUUAAAGCAGGGUGAGGGGUAUUCAGGAUGUAAGUCGCUAAGUAACCUAACUCAGAACUUACAAAGCUUCUAGCAGCCUGAUGACAAUUACAGAAUUGAUUUCAGCCAGGAUAAUGUCUGUGGUACAUCAUUUUAUGACAAUAUUACUUCAUGUUGUUACAAACUGUAUGUAUAGUAUGUAUGUGAUGUGGGUGUGUAUAUACAUAAUAUAUAUUAUAUAUAUAUAUAUGAGAGAUUUAGUGACUUUUGAUACGGGUUUGGUGCAGGUGAAUUUAUUACUGAGCCAAAUGAGGCACAUACCGAGUCAGUAGUUCGAGUCCAGGGCAUUUAAUACUUUUUAUGAUUUCCAUACAUGUAUAGUGCCUAUCCCAUGCAGUAGCUUCCUGAAGAUAUCCCCAGAACUCAAUGAAUCGGAGCCAGCGAUAUUUUAUUUGUAGACAAUCAACUUGAAUCUAUAAGUUAUUACUGGCAGAUGAUUAUAAUUCUGAAUCCAUAAUGUUAACAAGUGGAAACCCAGAGCAUCUUGAGAAGUUUUGUUUUGUUCCUGGAAGUCAGUAGAACAGCUGUGUAUGUGGUUAUGUUAGUCUCAUGAUAAUUUGCUGAACUUAUUAUUUCAGAAAAAUUUUGUAUGUAUUUUAUUUGUGGGAAGGUAAAAUAAUGCUUUGAGAUUUUUAUCAAAUAUGGAGAGUAGUUAUUUAUGA